UUCUCUCAUUAUUCAGUUUUCCUUUUUGCCACUCUCUCCCUCGCUCGCUCGCUCGCUCGCUCGCGAGCAGAUCCGACUCUGCAGAGAUGGAGGUGUUUUACUACCUUGUUUUCGGUGCCCUCGCGAUGAUUGUCGGGGCCCUCGAGUUCAGCAAGAACAACAAAGAUCGCAUCAGUACCUCUUCUGCUUUUAAUUCAUUUAAGAACAAUUACCUCGUUGUCUACUCCCUGAUGAUGGCUGGGGAUUGGCUGCAGGGUCCUUAUGUCUACUACCUCUACAGUACAUAUGGCUUUGGGAAGGGGGAGAUUGGACGGCUCUUUAUUGCUGGUUUUGGAUCCUCGAUGUUGUUUGGCACUAUUGUUGGAUCUUUGGCGGAUAAACAGGGCCGUAAGAGGGCAUGUGUUACCUACUGCAUUACUUACAUCCUGAGUUGCAUCACCAAGCAUUCUCCUGAUUAUAAAAUUCUCAUGGUGGGCCGUGUAUUAGGUGGAAUCGCCACUUCUCUUCUGUUUUCAGCUUUUGAAUCAUGGCUUGUUGCAGAACACAAUAAGAGGGGCUUUGAGCAACAGUGGCUGUCCUUGACAUUCUCUAAGGCAAUAUUUCUUGGUAAUGGUCUCAUUGCUAUUAUCGCUGGAUUGCUUGGCAAUGUACUCGCUGACACUUUUGAAUUUGGGCCGGUUGCUCCUUUUGAUGCUGCGGCAUGCUUUCUUGCAAUUGGGAUGGCCAUUAUAUUGUCAACCUGGAGUGAGAACUUUGGGGAUCCUUCAGAGAGCAAGGAUUUGCUUUCCCAGUUCAAGGGUGCUGCUGUAGCCAUUGCUUCUGAUGAGAAGAUUGCGUUGCUGGGUGCUAUACAAUCACUGUUUGAAGGUUCCAUGUAUACCUUUGUGUUUCUAUGGACUCCCGCAUUGAGCCCAAAUGAUGAGGAGAUACCUCAUGGUUUCAUUUUUGCAACAUUUAUGUUGGCUUCAAUGUUGGGAAGCUCCAUCGCAUCUCAGCUCAUGGCCCGACCAUCCCUCAAAGUUGAGAGCUACAUGCAGAUUGUUUUUAUGAUUUCAGCCUCCACCUUCCUGAUUCCUGUACUUGCAAAUUUCUUUGUACCUCCCUCUACGGUGAAAGGUGGAAGCAUAUCAUUUGCAGGUUGCAUUCUUCUCUUUGGCUUCUGUACCUUUGAGUCUUGUGUGGGGAUAUUCUGGCCGUCAAUCAUGAAAAUGAGGUCCCAAUAUAUUCCAGAGGAGGCUCGAAGCACCAUCAUGAACUUCUUCCGCAUUCCUCUUAACAUUUUUGUGUGCAUUGUGUUGUACAACGUUAAUGCAUUUCCUAUCACCGUCAUGUUUGGCAUGUGCUCGAUAUUCCUCUUCAUGGCGGCAGUUUUACAGAGGAGGCUCAUGGUAGUUGCAGAGAGCCACAAGCCUAAAUCACAAGAUUGGGCUUCAAUGAAGGACAAGGACAUGGAGUCAGAGCCAUUAAAAAUCUGAUUGCAAGUAAGAAGACGAAAGCGUUGGAAACAUGGGGGAAGGUUAAGGGAAACCAGCUUUUCCAGCCGUAAUGAUGUUGCCUUCGUGGAAAUUAUAGAAAUAAGGAAGUGAGGAAGUUAUAGGAUAUUGCUAUAUUGAUUGAGGAUGGAUGGAUGGAUGGAUAAUUUUUUUUUUCCCUUUCAAGCCAGUGAUGGUCUGCUGACGAAGAUCUAAACUAAAAAGAAGUAUAGCCAUUUCUGCAGGACAGAGUGGGGGCAGGAUUAGAUUUGUUUCGGGAUUGCUACUUCUGCAGUGACUGUCACUUGUCACCUUAGUAGUAUCAGUAUAUCUCAGUUGUAGAAGCUAGAUAUUCCAUUUUGUAAUGUUGUCUCUUAUCUAGUUUUGGAUAAGGGGUU